AUGACUCAAGUUACAGCCCAACCCGGCCAGGCUGAGGCGAGUUCUUCCACUUCGCUGAAGAAAUACAUCCACGUCCCAGAGACAAAGCACGAGCUCAACUGGGCUGAUCUGGUCACCCUUGAUUUAUCCCAAUUCGACCUCCCAGGUGGAAAGGAGAAACUCGCAGCUCAACUCAAGGAUGCUGUUCACCGAAUUGGCUUCUUCUACAUAACCAACUUUGGCCUCACACAAGACGAAAUCGACCGCCAAUUCGCCAUCGGAAAAGAACUGCUCGAGCUGCCCGAAGACGAAAAGCUCAAACACCGCGCCGAUCUCGAAGCAGGAAGCUACAAUGGCUAUCGACCACUAGGCUCGAUAGAGAUUCUCCCCGGCCGGCGCGAUAAUAUCGAAAUGUACAACGUGUUCAAGUUUGUGCCGCAGUAUGAACGGACGCAUCCGGAUGUGAUACAUCGCCAUCGGGAUGAAAUUGAGCGGUUUCAUCGGUUUAUCCACGAGGGGAUUGUGUAUAGAUUGCUGAGACUUAUUGCGAUUAUACUCGAGUUACCGGAGGAUUUUCUCAUUCCGGGACAUAGUUAUGAGGGGAAUAGUGACUGUCACCUGCGGUAUAUGAUCUACCGCGCGCGGAGUGCGGAAGAGAAUGCCAAAUUCGAGAAUCUGUACUCGAGGGGACAUACGGAUUUUGGCAGUCUCACGCUUCUUUUCCGGCAGCCUGUUGCUGCAUUACAGGUGAAGACGCCAGAGGGGGAGUGGAAGUACGUCAAGCCUCAUCCGGGGAGUAUCACGGUGAACAUCGCGGACGCGCUGCAGUUCUGGACGAAUGGGUACUUGAAAAGUAGUGUACACCGUGUGAUAGCUCCCCCGAAGGACCAGGCGCAUAUUGAUCGACUGGGGGUGUUGUAUUUUGUGCGUCCUGGGGAUGAGCUGGACUUGAAGACGGUGGAGAGCCCGUUGUUGGAGAGAGAGGGCUUUGCUGGGGAGGAGGAGGAGAAGAGUAUCAAGGCGGGAGAUUGGGUGAGGGCCAGAGUGAGGAAGAAUUGGGAGAAGCCGCCUGCGGAUAGAAAGGAGAAUUUGGUGGUUGGGGGGGUUCAGACGAGGAUAUUUCAUGAGUAGUCUAUCUAUGAUGUUAUUGAAGCCAAGAUGUCGUGAUAGUAGGGUCUGAGCGGG